AUGUCUUCAAAAAAGUACUAAAGAAAAAAGUCUUCAGGUACUCUAAAAAGUUCAAAAGGUUCGAAGGUUUCAUAAAAAGAUGAUUUAGAUAGUGAGGAUAAAGAAAUUUUAGAAGCUCUCUAAGCUAGAUUACCUUUUUAUUAACAUAUAUUCAAAUAAAUAAUAAAAAUGGGUUUACCUAUGUUGCAUGUUUAACCAAGCUAAGAUUUAAUUAAUAUGGUUUAAAAGAAUGAAAUUAAUGGUUAUAAUCUCUAAAGACUUAUUUCUAUAAAAUUAGAGGGUUAACCAAUUUCAUAUCAUCGUAGUAAAUUAGCUCAUAAUUGUAAGAGUUUUAUGAAUUCAACUCUUGAGAACUAUUAAAGAUUUUAAUUAGAAGAGAUGCUUGGAUUGAUAAAAGAUUCUGUUGAACGAAUUGAAUUGAAAAAAAUUUCAGGGAUAAAUUUAAAUGAAGUGAAUUUGGGAUAGAAUUUCGAUUAUUAAAAUUUUUUAAAUCUUUUAGAUAUUUAAAAAGUAUUCAAAAAUAUAGAUAAUCUUAAACUUGUUUCUACAGAUUUACAAGGAUAUUAUGAAAUGAAAAAUAUAUAAGAUUUAAAAGAUCAUGGAAAUAUUGAAAUAUUUUAAUAAGUUAGGAAAUUAAGACUUAUUGUAUUUGAAAUUCUAAAAUCUAUUAAAAAUAUUAUUGAUUCUUUAGAAUAAUAGAAUAUUGAAAAUAUUGAAGAAGCAUUUAUUUAAUAUUUGGAUUUAAAAAAGAAUACAGAAUUCCCAUUUACUGAAGAUUUCAAAUUAGAAGAAUCAGAAACUAACGUUUAAUUUAAUAAAUAAGAUUAAUUUUCUGAAUAUUCUGCAAAAUCUAGUAUCAAAUCAGUUAAAUUUCAUAACUAAUUAACAAAUUCUGAAAUUCAAAAGAAAAAUGAUUAAUCUAAUUCUAUUUAAAGUAUACUUAAAAAUAAUCAUUUUCAAGAAUAAUAAUCAAAGAAUUAACUUACUAUGAUAAAAGAAGAACAUCCUUCAUAUGAACAGAUUUCAAUAAUUAAUGAAAUUUAAGAACCAUAGAUCAAUUCUAUACCUAUUAAUAGUGUAAUAAAGUAAACUAUGAUAAAGUGUAAGAAAUCGACUAAAAAAUAUAAUCAAGAAAUUUCAUAAAAAUGGGAUUUAUUAUAAUAAAAUAACUUUGAAAAAAUAUUCUAUUAAACAGAAUAAAUUUCUCCAAGAAUAUUAAAUUAAAAUAUUGAACCAAUUAAACCUAUUUAAUUUGAGAAAUAAAUUUAAUCAAAAAAGAAAAGACUUCUUAAAUAAAUGAAAAGGAUAGUAUAUUAUGAUUUAUGUGAUUCUUGUAAAUUUUAUAAUGGUAAGAUAUUUGAAAUCAAAUCAAUAAAUCCAAGAAAUCCAUUUUUUAAAUAUUCUUUCAUAGACUAUGAUUUAGAAUCUGAAGAGGAAUAAGCAGAAGAUGUAUACUCAGAAAUAAGAUCAUAAGAUGAUACACCAUCUUCUUCACUUUAAGAAUUUAUAGAAAUUGAUUAUAAAAACUAAUCUUAAUCAUUAGGAGAAACUUAUACCUUAAUUUAUGAUUAUUCCAAUUUUGAAAAUUUUUUACCUUAUUAGGCUAUUAUGUUAUCAGAUAAUAGACCUCAAAUUUCUUCAAAAAAAAAAACUCGUCAAGAUUCUAAAUUUUAAAGUAAAAGCUCUUUAACAGAUAGUUAAAAUGGAAAACUAGUUAAAGCUUUAUCUAAAUUAUAAUAGUUUAUUAAUCCUGAGUAAAUAAACAAAUUUCUACAAAUUUCAGAACUUUAAAUUUUUAAUAAUGUUCCUCUCCCGGAAAAUCAAUGA